UGUCAUAUGCCAGUGUCAAUAGAUUCACAUUUUAUUUCAUACUUUUAAUGGAAAAUGUGUGAUUUAAACGAUAAUCCAAUUAAAUUAAGUGUUAAGUGGAAUGGAAAAGAAUAUGAGUUACCGGAAUUGUCUCCGUCAGAUUCGGUAGCGAUGUUAAAAAUCGCGAUCGAAAAUGCCACUGGUGUCCGACCCGAAAGACAAAAACUUCUCAAUGUUAAGUUUCAGGGUAAAGUGGCAACAGACAAUUUUACAUUGUCUGUCCUGAAUCUUAAACCAAACCUCAAGAUCAUGAUGAUGGGCUCUCUAGAAGAAGCAAUAGAAGGCGCCAGAACAAAACCAGAUGUUGGCGAUGAGGUGAUCAAUGACUUAGACAUUGAGGAAGAAGAAGUAGAUAUUGAAAAUCAGGAGAUUUACUUGACGAAAAUAAACAAGAGAGUGCGGGAUUACAAAAUUAACGUGUUAAACGAACCUCGUCCAGGCAAAAGGUUACUCGUUUUAGAUAUAGACUACACUCUCUUUGAUCACAGAUCUGUUGCAGAAACUGGUUACGAGUUAAUGCGUCCUUAUCUUCAUGAGUUUCUCACAUCUGCGUAUGAGGAUUAUGACAUAGUUAUAUGGUCCGCAACAGGAAUGAAAUGGAUUGAAGAGAAGAUGAAAUUGCUCGGUGUUACGACCCAUCCAGACUAUAAAAUUAUGUUCUAUUUAGAUUACCUUGCUAUGAUUACCGUUCAUACUGCAAAAUAUGGAACUAUUGAUGUAAAACCUCUAGGCGUUAUUUGGGGUAAGUAUCCACAAUACACUUCAAAAAACACGAUAAUGUUUGACGAUAUCCGUCGUAACUUUAUCAUGAAUCCGAAAAACGGUCUUAAAAUCCGACCAUACAGACAAGCGCAUUUGAAUAGAGAAAGAGAUAGAGAACUGCUGCUUUUGUCUAACUAUCUAAGAGAAAUUGCUUAUUACAGUGAAGAUUUCGACAGUAUAAACCAUAAAAAGUGGGAAAAAUACAGACCCGAAAAGUACAGGACCCAGGCGGGUAAUAAGAGAAAGGCUGAGGACAGUCCGUCUUAAACGCAGGAUUGACGAUACAAAUAAUUGUAAGCCUUAUUUAAAGGGCAAUAAAGCUUAUAACUUAUCGCUUAAAAGACUGCGGAAUUAAGACUUGUGUUCACGCAUCAUGGAUACAGUAAAACGAUUUUGAAAAUUUUUAGAAAUAUAAAGAUUUUUUUGUUACGGAUAUAAUUUCAAAUGCAUUGUCUUUGGAUCAUUCCAAAACUUUUUUUUUAUAUGGGGCAAAAGACACACAUUCGAUGCAACUUUCCACAAAAUUUCCAUUUAUCCAAUGAUUGACUUAAUUUCUAGUCGCGAUUUUUCACUAAUUCAGCUUAAUUUGCCCGGAGAAUGUAUUUGUACUCAUUUUUUACUAUUUGAAUGUAUUUUCAUAGUAAGUAUACUAAAUAUUGAAAAAAUAUUAAUGUUGCCAAGACUAAAAAUCGAAUGUGUGCUCAUCGCCUUAAUUAUUUAUAAAAAUAAUUUAGCAAUUCAAUAUAAGAGGUAUUAAAUAAAUUACGUUAUUUUAAAGUGUUAUGUCGUAUUUUUUUUUUUUUACUGCUAAACAAAUUUAAGUUAACAUUAAUCCAUUUUUAGAAUAAAUCUGUGUGUUAUAGUUUCAUGUAAUAGAACAACGUAGAUAAUAAUUUAAACUAUAAAUACUUAAAAAGAUAAUCUUAAGGAUAUAUUAUGUAACGUUUAUUACAUACAUAUGACA